AUGUCUGACGUCCAGAAGCCCGUCGAGGAGACCCCCGUGGCUGUGCCCGCUCCCGCGGUUGAGCCUGUUGAAGCUCCCGCUGCCACCGAGCCCGUUGUCGAGGCUCCCAAGGAGGAAGUGAAUGAGGUCGCCGCGGUCACGGAGCCUACUGCGGUUCCCGAGGCCACCGAGCCCACCGAGGAGGUGAAGGAGGAGGUCAAGCCUGCGACUGAGGGCACCCUCGGCCACAAGGCUCCCGGUCUUGUCAAGAGUCUGCGCUUCGCUAAGCGAUUCUUCUACUUCAACGAUGAGCCCGUCGAGGCCAAGCAACUCUCCACCUUCCAUCAGAACGAGAAGGCCGCCGUUGCCAACCCCAUCGCUGCUUGGGCCAGCCAGACCGGCAAGGGUCUGCUGUUCAUCACCAAGCGCGCCGAGGACAAGGCUCACCCUAGCAGCAUCAUUAACCUGGCUGAUGUCUCCGACGUGACCAAGGAGGGCGCCAACGAGUUCCAGUUCAAGGUUGCUGGCCAGAAGCACACUUUCCAGGCCUCCAACGCUGCUGAGCGCGACAGCUGGGUUGUCGCCAUCGAGGGCAAGGCCGCUGAGGCCAAGGCCGAGAAGGAGACCAUCACCACCAGCGAUGGAUACAAGGCCGAGCUGGAGAAGCUGACCAAGCCCGCUGCCGUUGCCGCCGCCAAGAAGCCCGAGGAGACUGCUGCUCCCAAGGAGGCCGAGGAGGCCGCCCAGAAGGAGGAGAAGAAGGAGGCUGCCAAGUCUCGCUCCCAGUCUCGCAAGCGCUCCAGCAUUUUCGGCUCUCUUCUCGGUAAGAAGGAGGAGACCGAGGAGAAGAAGGAGGAGUCCGUUGAGGAGAACAAGGCUGCUGAGCCCGCUGUUGUCGAUGCGCCCGUCGCGCCCGUCGUCGAGCCUACUGCCGCUGAGCCUGUGGCCGAGACCACUGCCACUCCUGAAGUCACCCCCGCCGAGGCUGUUCCCGAGGCCAAGACCACCGAGGAGACCAAGGAAGAGAAGAAGGAGGAGAAGAAGGCCAAGCGCUCUUCCAUCUUUGGCAAGGUCUUCCAGAAGGUGACCAGCCCGUCGCACGAGAAGUCCGAGAAGGAGGCCGUUGCUCCCAUCGAGGAGACUCCCGUUGCCAGUGCUGCUCCCCAGCUUGAGAAUCCUGUUGAGGAGGCCGCCGUCAAGCCCAUUGAGCCCGAGUCAGUGACCGCUGCCGCUGAUGCCGAGGCCGUCAAGGCCGUCGAGGAGCCCAAGGAGUCUCCUGCUGCCGAGGCCAGCACUCCCAAGGACAAGCGUCGUACUUCCUUCUUCGGUAACUUCGGCAAGAAGGAGAAGAAGGUCGAGACCUCCGACAACGAGGCGACUGACGGCGAGACCAAGGAGGCCAAGGCCAAGGGCUCCAAGCUCGGCGGUCUCUUCCGCAAGCCCAGCAAGGCCGUCAAGCUUGACACCGAGGAGGUCCCCGCCGCCGCGGCUGAGGCCGAGACCAAGCCCGUUGAGGCCAAGGAGGUCUCUGCCGAGGCCCCUGGCCCUGCCGUCGUCGAUGAGACUUCCGCCCCGGUUGUUGAGCAGACCGCCCAGCCUGUCGAGACCACUGUCGAGGAGCCCAAGAACGUUAACGUUUCCACCACCACUCCCGUUCAAGCUGCUGCUUAA